GGAAGAAAUAUGCUGAAAUAAACAUUCCAAAUGAGUUAAGGUGUACAGGUAGCUUUAAAAUCCAUGUACAAAUGUGAAAACCAGUGGCACGGGAGCUCGUAGGGGUGUUGACUCUAAUCACCGGAUGGAGGUGUGUCUCUUUCCUUCUCUACCUUGUUCCUGGCAUAGAUGAAAGAUCAAAGUCAUGUGCCAAGAUGGGUCUUGCAUUAGCUUAUUUGGGGGGGCGGGGGGGAGGAAUGGGGGUCGGGGUUGCCCGGGCAUCAAUGGUUCAGUUGUAGCAAUCAGUUUGGUAGAUCAUCCUUUCCGAUAACACCAAGUUUUUCUUGCUACCACAACGAAUAUUUAUCUCCUAGCAUGACAACAUCUCGUCACACCACCAAAAAAAAAAGACAACACAAAAAAAAACAUCUUUUCAUUCCACCAAAAGCAAAAUAUGUUCAAUCUACCAAAAAACCACACCUUUUCAUGGCACCAAAACAAUAGCUUUUCAUCUCACCAAAAAUCACACCUUUUCAUGCCACCAAAACAAUAGCUUUUCAUCUCACCAAAAACCACACCUUUUCAUGCCACCAAAAUAAUAGCUUUUCAUCUCACCAAAAACCAUACCUUUUCAUGCCACCAAAACAAUAGCUUUUCAUCUCACCAAAAACCAUACCUUUUCAUGCCACCAAAACAAUAGCUUUUCAUCUCACCAAAAACAACACAUUUUCAUGCCACCAAAACAAUAGCUUUUCAUCUCACCAAAAACCACACAUUUUCAUGCCACCAAAACAAUAGCUUUUCAUCUCACCAAAAACCACACCUUUUCUAUCUAAAAAAAAAACCCCACAUCUUUUCAUGAUUACAAUGCAUCACAUCCAUACAAACCCCACUCUCCCCCCACCCCAACUUCAAGCUCCGCCCCUCCAUCACCCCACCCACAAUUAUACCACGUGAUACUAACACUUUUUUCCCCUCUUUUUUUUCUUAGAUCCGAACCACGUGAUCACCAAGACUGGACACCGUCCAAAUGUACGCAUUGCGAAAAUCGUUCUGACCACCCGAGAUCGGGAUUACCCCACACCUGUACAAAAAGUCUGGGAGUGCAGGGAAAUUCCACCACGUCCCUCUCAUCAAUAAUUGGACAUAAUUAAACGCAGGCCGACACAGCUUUCACGGCAUCCUAUUGAUAUUGCUAGACACUACUGCUUCUGUCAUUUACUGUGAAGCAUCGUACUUCUAGAUACCAGCAGCAGCACUGAGAAGAUCUUCAGUCCUUUACAGUGAAACGCGGUAUACUUCUAAACACUAGCAGAGUUCAGACGAUCUUCAGUAAUUUUCAGCCAAGCACAAGUCCGUUUGGACAUUCAGGAUUACAUGCUGCAUCUUAUAGAAAACGUCUUAUCUGUAAUGUGUUUUCAAAAGGACUAGGAAUUGUGUUGAUAGAUAUAUAUUUUAAAAAAAGAUAAAUGUUAAUUGAAAUGACAUGUAUUCCUUAACAGAGAAUUUAUCAUCUAGAACUUUUAUUCUGUAGCAUAUGUAUUUCCUUAACUCUUUUCUAUUUUCAUGAGGAGUCUUUAAGAAUUAAUGAAAUUUUCCGGAAAAAAACAACAAAAGAAACAAGAUAAUUUUAAUUGUAAAUACGUCAAGGAAAAGAUUGGUUUCGUAAUCAAAGUAAAAAGUGGGGACACUUUUGCUACAUCGAUGAGUGGAAUGCUGUGUAGUACGUGGUAGAGCUGUUGGACGCCACUGGAGAAAAAAAAAGUGUUGAGCAUUUUAUGUAAAGCGUUGAUCUUCAGGCUUCACAAAGCAAAGGACAGCAGUCUACCUUUUUCUGUGAGCGUGCGGAUUAACACUAAUCUGCUGGAUGAUGAGGUGGGCAAGUUUCGCCGAUUUCGAGAGCUUCCAGGCACAGAGAUGACCUCAGGGGUCAAGGUGAAAUUUUCCACCGAGGGCAUCGAAAUAUGAUUCACGCUUGGGCAGCUAUUAGCAUCUUACUCACGACUGUCACCAUGGGGUGAGUUGUAUAAUACUCUAAGACAGCGGUUCUCCCCAAUGCCGCGAGCCUUUAACAUAGGUCCUCAUGUGUGGUGUCCCCCCCCCCACCAACUAUAAAAUUACUUUCGUAUCUACUUCAUAAGUAUGUGUUUUCGGAUGGUUUUAGGCGACCCCUGUGUAAGAAGGGUCCUUCGACAACCAAAGCGGGUCGCAGCCCACAGGUUCAGAACCUCUGCUCUGAGACAUCCCACGAAAUCGUGAGACCACUAGUGGUUUUGUUUUCUUCUUUUUUUUUCAAACAAUUUAUUUUUAUUUUUGGAGAUUCCUAAUCAUCUUGUAAUUCGGGUUAAAGGUCACGCUCUCCUCGACCCCACCCCACCAAAAAAAAAAAUAAAAAUGUUUCAGAUCAUCUCAUCAAAAAUUGCGCCACGAAUACAAGUUUAAAAAAGCACCAUUGCCUAGUACAAAAAAAAAAUACGACGGUGUUAGGAGUAUUUACAACACCGAGAAUCGAAAGAUCAGGGGAGUGCGUGGGGAGGAGCAUGAUAGUAAAAAAAAAUAAUGAGGCGUCUGGGAUUUUGUUAGUAGGAAUAUGGAUUAAUCUGAGGACUAGCUUCAAAGGUUCUCACAACUUUAUUAUUAUUAUGUUUUGUUUUUUGUUUGUUUGUUUGUUUGUUUUUGUUUGUUUUUUUUUUUUUUUUUGCAAUCCCAAAAUGCAUACAUAUCCCGUGAUGAUAUAUUUAUCAUACAGAGCUUUACAUUGUAUUUUCUUAAACCUUCUUCUAGUAGGAAAUGUUUUCCCACUUUUAUUUUGAGGCCUUGCCAUUUACACAGGAGAUAUGAUUUUUUUUUUCUAUCCAAACGAUGAUUUUGUUGUUCUCAGUGGAACCACUAACAACAUACUGCGCCUGAACAUCAAGAAAGAGCCCAUACUAGACCCCAACACCGUGUGCAAGACGUACCCGGAACUGUCGUCGGGGCAGUACAAUCUGUGCCGGAAGUACCCCGACGUCACCGCGUCUGCGAUCCAGGGCGUGCAGAUCGCCGUCCACGAGUGCCAGCACCAGCUGAGGACGCACCGGUGGAACUGCUCCGCCCUGGAGAAGAAGAACAAGAACCCGCACGCCAGCCCCAUUCUAACUAAAGGUGAGUUUUGACCCCCCACCCCCACCUCCUCUCCAAGUAAGCCCCAUUCUAACUAAAGGUGAGUUUUGACCCCCCCACCCCCACCUCCUCUCCAAGUAAGCCCCAUUCUAACUAAAGGUGAGUUUUUCACCCCCACCUCCUCUCCAAGUCAGCCCCAUCCUAACUAAAGGUGAGUUUUGACCCCCCCACCCUCUCUCCGAGUAAGCCCCAUUCUAACUAAAGUGAGUUUGUACCCUACUCCCCAAACCAGCCCUAUUUCAGCUGAAGAUAAAUUGUUAUGUCCCAUGUUGGUACCGUUUUAGCUAAAGAUGAGUUGUGAACCCCACGACAGCCCGCCGUCCCCCCCCCCCUUUUCCACCAUUGUACUUAAGGUGAGUUUUGACCCAACGCCAACCCCUAUUUUUAGCCAAAGAUGAUUUGUGACCCACAUGCCAGCCCCAUUUUUAGCUAAAGAUUUGUGACCCACACGCCAGCCCCAUUUUUAGCCUAAGAUGAUUUAUGACCCACACGCCAGCCCUAUUUUUGGCUAAAGAUGAUUUAUGACCCACACGCCAGCCCCAUUUUUGCUGAAGAUGAUUUGUGACCCACACGCCAGGCCCACUUUCAGCCGAAAGUGAGUUAUGACCCUACUACAACGCCUGUCCCAUUUAGGCUCAAGGUUUGAGCUAAGAACAUCCGCACGCCAGCCAGGCUUCCAUUCACGGCAAGACUUCUUUUGGGCAAUGUGACACAGGGGGAAGUUUUGAGUUGAAUGAAGAACAGGAACAGAGGGAUUACUGUAGCCCAUUGGGAUGCAGCAUUUCGGUCCUAUUUGACCGCCAGACUAGAAGCCCCUAGUCUCUACAGUAAACACGUAUCACUUUAAUUAAUCUCAGCUAAAACAACGUCUGACAUACCAUUCAAAACAUUACUUUCCAAAUGCUUUUUUUUUUUAAUUUAUUUUUUUCUCUGAACAUAUUUCUUGGCCCCUCUAAUUUUCUAAGAGCCAAGUUUCCACUGCAGAGACUUAUACAAAGGUCUCACUUUAAAAAUAAUUUAUUUUUUCAUUGGUUGAAAAUGUAUGAAAAAAUAAUGAAAUAUUGUACUUUAUUAAUCUAGUACAGGGCAAAAUCCAAAACUAAAAUUCUUUCUCACUAUCCAUUUCUCGUUUAACCUUUAACCCCAAAGGUUACAAAGAAACGGCCUUCGCCUACGCGAUCUCCGCAGCCGGCGUGACGCACCAAGUGGCCAAGGCAUGCAGCAUGGGGAAACUCAAGUCUUGUGGCUGCGACAUGAGUGUCCACGGGAGGAAAGGUAAUUUGUAGGGAAAUUCUGAAAUUGAGGGAAAGGUUAUCCUGAUUGUUCUGUCUUGAAUUUCCUCCACCAAAAAAAAAAAACCAAUUUAAAAUUGCAAAUAAAUCUCUUACAUCAGAUAUUUAUCGUCCUACCAUUAUCUUCAAAGGGCAUCCUUAUCAUGGGCGCUGCCUCCCCUACUGGUUAACACUUUGCCAUAUUCCAUAGAUUAAUGUAUAUUCCUGAAUAAUAUUUUUUUUAAUACCACAAGCCGCCUCUGUUAUAUCAACUUUGGGCAUACCCCAAACACACAGUCUAGGAAUAGUAUUUUGUUAGUGACAAUACCGAGCUACCACACCGGUUAUUCCAUUCAUUACGUUUGACUUCCCUUUAACACCACACCUUUCACAGGUCGCCACACGGAAGAUGACGUGGAGCGAACCUUCGAGUGGGGAGGCUGCAGCCACAACAUCGAAUUCGGUGCCAAGUACGCCCUGAAGUUCUUGGACUCGAAGGAAGUGGCCAGGGACGUUCACUCUCAGAUCAAUCUGCACAACAACAGGGCAGGGAGACUAGUACGUACAAUCAGGGCGUGUGUGUGCUCGCCGUUAUCGCCACGAUCAAAAUGUUAUCAUUAUGAAUGUUAUGGUCAUUAAAUUAAUUGGGUAUACAUACUUUAAAAAAAUUAAAUAAAAAAUGCAUAUAGUUUACCAUCGGUUCUAAGAAAGAUUUUUUUUUAAAAAUAUAAUAUUGAAAAAAUGUGGAUGUAUCAAGUGGAGCAGGCUGUAGUUUUAAUUUGAAGAAGUGUAAUUUUAUGAGCAUAUGCCCCUGUAGAAACUAGAGAUAAAUUUAAAGCCAAAGGAUUUUAAAAAAAAAAAAGAAAUGCAGAUUAAAAAUAGCACAGUGGGCACUUGCAACGUAUAUUAGUGUAGCAGGCAUGAGCACAACAAGAAUUAGUACAGUAAGAAUUAGUACAGUAAGAAUUAGUACAGUAAGAAUUUUACAGUAAGAAUUAGUACUGUAAGAAUUAGUACUGUAAGAAUUGGUACAGUAAGAAUUAGCACAGUAAGAAUUAGUACAGCAGUUAUUAAGAUGAGCACUAUAAUUCCCCCCCCCCCCCCCAUACCUUUUGGGAUCACACAACCCACAAUUUUAUUAAAAAAAAAAGGGAAAAAAGAAAAANGAGAGAGAGAGAGAGAGAGAGAGAGAGAGAGAGAGGGAGAGAGAGAGAGAGAGAGAGAUUUAAUUUAUAGUAAUUAAUGGACUGCAUUCAAUAGACUUAUUUAAUAUGGCACAUUUUGUUUUGUCUUGAGACACUCUGCCAACCAAAUCUCCCGGCUCCACCUACUAAAAAAAAAAUACAACAAACAAACAAACACAAAAACCCUCAAAAUGCACAUUUCCAUCUCCUAGGCUGUCACGAGAAAUGUCCGCGAGCAGUGCAAGUGCCAUGGAAUGUCCGGCUCCUGUGAACUUGAGACCUGCUGGAAGGCGGCGCCUGACUUCCGGAAGGUCGGUGACGUCUUGCGGAAAAAAUAUGAUGUAGCCUCUAAGGUACAGGUAACCAAAUUGUUUCCAUAUCGCCUAUACUUACUUAGACGGAGACCAUUGCCCGGAUGUCAAAGACGUGGUUUAAAAUUGUUUCAUUAAUAGUUCGUAUGGGAAACGACUCAUGAUAGACACAGACACGAAAUUAUAAUCUUCUUGCCUCCCUUUAACUUUUUUAAAAAAAUCCUGGUACUCUUUCUUUAAUUUAUAAAACCUACUUACGGCAUAAUAUGUUCAUUUUGAGUUAUACAGACGUGUAAGGGGCAAACAAAUUUCAUUCUGGCGGUGUCUAAGUUUCAAAGGGAAAUAACAUCAGAUAUCUUUUUGUGACAUGAAUUAAGGGCUACUUCCCUUUAUUUACAAUAAUAAAUCUUUUAAGCUUCCCAAUCACUUGAAGAUUUGAUAAAGAAAUAGUAGAGGGGGGGGGGGCGGGUAGAGUUAACUUAGAAGAAUAAAGUUUUGUAUGCAUACAAUACAAUAAAAUUACAAAUGAAAUACAACAUAAAGACUAGCCCCUCCUCCCUCCUCCCCCUCUCCCUCCCUCCACGCCCUAACAACUUUUCACGGACCCCAAGGGGUUAGGAACCACUGGCUUAUUUAUUUUUUAUACUAUUACAUUAAAGAGAAAGAAGUCUUUACAGUCUAAUUAGUAAAUUAUAUAUAUAUAUUGUAAGCUGAAAUACACGCUCCUAAUAUUGAUGAUGAACUUUUCCCACUGCUUCAGGUUGACAUAACCAACACGGCCGACGCAAAGCUAUUCAAAAGGAACGGCCAACGGCCGCACAAGAUGGACCUCCUCUUCUACGAGAAAUCCCCGAACUACUGCGAAGAGAACCCGAACCUGGACUCGCCCGGGACGACGGGCCGAGACUGCAAUAGGAGCAGCGACGGCAUCGACAACUGCGACACGCUGUGCUGCGGGCGCGGCUACAACACGGUGCGCGUCAGCCGCUCAGAGCGGUGCAACUGCAAGUUCUACUGGUGCUGCUACGUGGAGUGUCAAACGUGCACCUACACCGAGUGGGUGACGGUGUGCAAGUGA